AGUUGGCCGGUGGACGCCGCGGGUUGGACGCGUGGUCGGGGUGUGGUCGGAGGGGCCCUGACCCAGUCGGGGACGCUGAGGUUUGAUGGUGUGACUCGGUGGUGUGGAAAUACAGGAGUGCGAUUUAACCUGAACGCCGCACCUGGCGUGGGAGUGCGCCGAGAGCUCAGAGAUAAACAAAGGUGACGGUUUGCUGAUGAGCGUGGUGAUAAGCGUUGAGGCCGCGAAGGCGUGAUUGGGCUAGUGCGGCUGGCAGUGGUGGUGGUGCCGGGUGACUGUUAGAUCUCACACCGUGCAAAGACCAUACCGAUUAAGAAGUGAUCGCGUCCCGAGUGACCCCUAGGAAGGACAAUGACCGGCACAAUACAGCCGACGCCCCCGCCGCGGCGGAAAAACUCCUCGGAGGUGACGGCCACGCCGCCGCUGCCCCGCAGGAAGGACUCUGGUGACCAUGCGGCGGCCCCCAGCCGGCCGCGGCCUCCCAAGCUGAACGUGGUGGCCGCGGCGGCGGCGGGCGCGGCCGGGGCCGGGGUCGGGGUGUCCACCGUACCACACAACAGGCAGGACCCGGAGGCGGGCCGGCCAGCCCAGGAGCAGCCGCAGACCGAGGCCUGGGGACUGACGAUGCCGGCAGUGCUGUCCAGCAUGGACAAGACCAAGGUGGCCAGCUACCUCCAGAGUCGCAUGAAGGACGUCAAAGACGGCGCCUUCCAGACAGCCAAGAGCAGCCUCAGCUUCGGCGAGCGCUUCACCCUCGCCAUGCUGGACAAGAUGAAGCGCUGGUCGCGGCGCGGCUUCACACACAUCUUCCUCUUCGUCGUGCUCAUGACUUACAACGCCAUCGGCGCGUGCAUCAUGAUGAUUCUGGAGAAGCCGGAGGCCAACCAGCACAGAGACUUGGAGGAGCUGAAGCUGGAGACGGCGCAGCGGCUGUGGAACGUCACGUCACAGCUCAACAGAUUGAACAGCGCCGCGUUCACGAAGGUGGCGCAAGACGAGCUGAAUGUGCUGCUCAACGUCUCCUGGCAGCAGUUUGACCUGCGCCGCUGGCACCCGGACCCGGACGACAACCCCUGGGGCUUCUGGGGCUCCCUCUUCUUCUGCUUCACCAUCCACUCCACCAUCGUUCUGGCGUCGCCGGAGGCGUCGCGGCGCCGCGAGUGUCGCGUCGGUACCGUCGCGAUGUCGUCCGAUCACCACUCCGCGGCGGCCGACGCGCCGCCGCCGCCACCGCCGGCCUUCCGUGUGCGCCAGGUGUGGCACGAGCUGGCGCCGGUGCGUCGGCAGCUGGCGCACGAGGCGCUCAUCUGCGCCGUCGAGUCGGUCGGCUUGGCGCUGCUGGUGCUGAGCGGCGGCGCGCUCUUCGCCUACCUGGAGGGCGGCCUCGAGCAGCAGAUCAAAUGCGGCGUGCGCCACCAACAGCUGCGCUUCCUGGACGAUCUGUGGGGCAAGUCGGACACGCUGGACCGCAAGGCGUGGCGCGCGCUGGCCAGGAAGCACCUGCAGGGCUACGAGGAGCAGCUGCUGGAGGCGUACACGAGCGGCGUGACCUCGCCCAGCGGCCAGCGCAUGUGGACCAUCGCCAACGGGGCCGUGUACGCCUGGACCGUGGUGACCACACUAGGUUACGGUCACCUAUCUCCGGCGACCACGGCGGGUAAGGCGGUCAGCAUCGUGUACGCCAUCCUGGGCAUCCCCAUCUUCCUGAUCGUGCUGGCCGACUACGGCAAGCUCUUCACGCGCGGCCUCAAGUUUGUGAUGGCGGCCGCGUAUCGUCUCUACCACACCAAGAGUUGCACGAGAGUGCGCCGGGCCAAACCCGUGGAGAACGUGGUGAAAGGCAUCCAGGCGGUGUACGACCGGACCGGGCUCGGCGGGGAGGACUCCCCGGCCGCCGAGGGCGAGGGGCACGCCGCGGUCGACGGCGACGAACCCCAGGCUGUGGUCGAGGUGGACGACGAGUUCAACCUGCCCGUGUCGCUGGCGCUGUUCAUCCUGCUCUCCUACCUAUUCAUCGGCGCCAUCAUGUUCGUCAUCACAGAGGACUGGAGCUACUUCAACGCCUUCUACUUCGUCUUCAUAUCGAUGACCACCAUCGGCUUCGGCGACCUGGUGCCCUCGUCGGCCGGAGUGAUGAUGUGCACCACUCUCUACAUGAUUUUCGGCCUGGCGCUCACCAGCAUGUGCAUCAACGUCAUCCAGGAGAAGAUGACGCUGCACUUCAAGCACGCCAGCAUCAAGCUGGGCACCCGGUUCGGCGUCAGCGUGCCGGUGACGCCGGCGCCGCCGCCCGUCGUCGAGGUCGCGCCCGUACACGGAAAGGAGAACUGAGAGGAGGGCGGAGGAUAGGAGUUAGAACUGAGGGGACAGGGGUGGAUAGGACUGAGAAAGGUGAAGAAGAGAGAGCUAAGACGUGGAUAGGCUGGAUAAGGAAGGAAAAGAUCUGAUGGAGAGGGGCGGAAAACAGCGAAGUGGUGUGGCUAGUGUUGAAAGGUGCAGUUAAAUCUAAUGGAUCGGUGUGCUGUGCUCACUACCGAUGAAGGAUUGUGAAAGAUGCUAAGAGAGAAGCGCAAUUAUAUCCGCGGGCCGCGGCUACAGCCUAUGAUGGAAUGGGGAGCAUACUAAAAUAGCGCCGCGAGCCAAGCCAAAGCUUGGAAACUAAAAGGAUGACACGUGCUUGAAUGGCUUCUGCUGCUGAUCGAUGCAAAGUGUUGGCGUGAUCGUCGAUCGAAAUGUAAUGGCCGACGUGCAAAUGGUUACGCCCGGUUUGUGCGAGAUUCAAGCGCAGUAAUUAUGUGACCCGUAUCUUGGAAUUUGUAUUUCUGACAAUGGGGACAACGCACAGGUACAUAAACGCCACAAGCGUUGCUAGACGGUGAUUUGAACACUGUUGCAACGGGAACGUAGGCUAUGGCUAUGCUGUAAGUUAGCAUGGUGUUACUCUUUAUAGAUUUGUCACCGUUGUUGUUGCGUAAGCUUGAGAACGCGCACCUGGCUCAGACUAUGUCAGCGGGUGUCGUUUUGAGUUGGACUGCCUUACCCGUUACUCGUGUUUUGUGACGAGUCUGAUCCGUAUGGAUGGUUCCCUCAGCCGAACCACCCUGGUAGAAAUACCACCGCAGGCUGUCCGUUGUGUCUGGAAUUGGGCUCUGAUGAGCCACCCCUGAGUGCUAAGUGACCAGACCUACGGGCCCUGAGUGAUACAAGAGGCCUUGGUGUUGACCGUCGAGGCAAGGCCACGUUGGUCGAGGAAUGACCCUGUUUUUGGAUUGGCAAUUUGUAUGCGCGAAGGGCAAGUGCCGUUUUUUUUUUUUGUAAAGGUAUUUUAGAUGGCGGGAAGUUAAUGAGCCGUUGCCCCAUUUUGACCUACUAAUAUGCGUGCAAUACGACUGAAACGCUACGUGAUCAUAAGCGGUUUCAAGAUAAGUGUAGACGAUUUUUAAUAAAAAGUACCACGCCAUUUAAAA